UGAAAGGGUGGGGUUUGCUCAGACUGUCCUUCCUCUCUGGACUGUAAGAAUAUGUCUCCAGGGCCAGUGUCUUCUGAGAUCGAGUCACACCUUCAAAGUCCUGGCAUCUCAAUGCAUCUGGAAAGCUACCUGCAUUAAGUCAGGACUGAGAUGGCCAGGCUGAGGGGAAACCAGGAAGGAUGAGGAUUAAAGAUCUGGGUCCUCAAGAACUUUCAUUAUCAACAGCACCCAAGUGAGUUUCAGAAAGAAGAAGCGAUGGCUACAGUGAUACUGGAGAGCAUCUUUCUCAAGCGAUCCCAACAGAAAAAGAAAACAUCACCUUUAAACUUCAAGAAGCGCCUCUUUCUCUUGACUGUGAAUAAACUUUCCUAUUAUGAGUAUGACUUUGAACGUGGGAGAAGAGGCAGUAAGAAGGGUUCAAUAGAUGUUGAGAAGAUCACCUGCGUUGAAACAGUGGUUCCUGAAAAAAAUCCUCCCCCUGAAAGACAGAUUCCGAGAAGGGGUGAAGAAUCCAGUGAAAUGGAGCAGAUUUCUAUCAUUGAAAGGUUCCCUUAUCCCUUCCAGGUUGUAUAUGAUGAAGGGCCUCUUUAUGUCUUCUCCCCAACUGAAGAACUGAGGAAGCGUUGGAUUCAUCAGCUCAAAAAUGUAAUCCGGUACAACAGUGAUCUGGCACAGAAAUACCAUCCUUGCUUCUGGAUCGAUGGGCAGUAUCUCUGCUGCUCUCAGACAGCCAAAAAUGCUAUGGGCUGCCAAAUUUUGGAGAAUAGGAAUGGAAGUUUAAAACCUGGGAGUUCUCACCGAAAGACGAAAAAGCCCCUUCCUCCCACACCUGAGGAGGACCAGAUCUUGAAAAAGCCUCUGCCCCCUGAGCCAACAGCAGCACCUGCCUCUACAAGUGAGCUGAAAAAGGUUGUAGCCCUUUAUGAUUAUAUGCCAAUGAAUGCAAAUGAUCUACAGCUACGAAAGGGUGAUGAGUAUUUUAUCCUGGAGGAGAGCAACUUACCCUGGUGGAGAGCGCGGGAUAAAAAUGGGCAAGAAGGCUACAUCCCUAGUAACUAUGUCACCGAAGCAGAAGACUCCAUAGAAAUGUAUGAGUGGUAUUCUAAACACAUGACUCGGAGUCAAGCUGAGCAACUGCUAAAGCAAGAGGGGAAAGAAGGAGGCUUCAUUGUCAGAGACUCCAGCAAAGCAGGAAAAUAUACUGUGUCUGUGUUUGCUAAAUCUACAGGGGACUCUCAAGGGGUGAUACGCCAUUAUGUUGUGUGUUCCACACCUCAGAGCCAGUAUUACCUGGCUGAGAAGCACCUUUUCAGCACCAUCCCUGAACUCAUUAACUACCAUCAGCAUAACUCUGCAGGACUCAUAUCUAGGCUCAAAUAUCCAGUGUCUCAACAAAACAAGAAUGCACCUUCCACUGCAGGCCUGGGCUACGGAUCAUGGGAAAUCGAUCCAAAGGACCUGACCUUCUUAAAGGAGCUGGGGACUGGACAAUUUGGGGUAGUGAAAUAUGGGAAAUGGAGAGGCCAGUAUGAUGUGGCCAUCAAGAUGAUCAAAGAAGGCUCCAUGUCCGAGGAUGAGUUCAUUGAAGAAGCCAAAGUCAUGAUGAAUCUUUCCCAUGAGAAGCUGGUACAGUUGUAUGGCGUCUGUACCAAGCAGCGCCCCAUCUUCAUCAUCACUGAGUACAUGGCCAAUGGCUGCCUCCUGAACUACCUGAGGGAAAUGCGCCACCGCCUCCAGACUCAGCAGCUGCUGGAGAUGUGCAAGGAUGUCUGUGAAGCCAUGGAAUACCUGGAGUCAAAGCAAUUUCUUCACCGAGACCUGGCAGCCCGAAACUGUUUGGUAAAUGAUCAAGGAGUUGUUAAAGUAUCUGACUUCGGCCUGUCCAGGUAUGUCCUGGAUGAUGAAUACACAAGCUCAGUAGGCUCCAAAUUUCCAGUCCGGUGGUCUCCACCAGAAGUCCUUAUGUAUAGCAAGUUCAGCAGCAAAUCUGACAUUUGGGCUUUUGGGGUUUUGAUGUGGGAAAUUUACUCUCUGGGGAAGAUGCCAUAUGAAAGAUUUACUAACAGUGAAACAGCUGAACACAUUGCCCAAGGUCUACGUCUCUAUAGGCCUCAUCUAGCUUCAGAGAGGGUAUAUAGCAUCAUGUACAGCUGCUGGCAUGAGAAAGCAGAGGAACGUCCUACUUUCAAAAUUCUUCUGAGCAACAUCCUAGAUGUCAUGGAUGAAGAAUCCUGAGCUCACCAAUAAGCUUCUUGGUUCUACCCCUCUCCUCCACAAGCCCCAAUUUCAUUUCUGAGGAAAUCCCAGGUUUACAGGCACUGGGUCCUUUGUGCUCUUGCUGAAUACACAAAGGCCCCUCUCUACAUCUAGGAAUGACUCUUCUAUGAUUCUCUGGGAUAGUACCUUCUGAGCAAAAGCCAAGGAAUUCUUGUGCCUGGUAUUGUUCUCAGAGAAAAUAAUUUCCAGGAGUAUUAAGACAGGACUGAAUUUGGGAUGGAAAGUUUGGAGGAGGGAGGGAUGUAAAUAGCCUGACAAGGGAUCCAACAGCUCUUUGGGUAGGCAUUAGAGCUUGGGGGGCGGGAGGCACAAUUUGGCAAGAAUAAAAUGGUGUCAUAAAAAUGGGAGGGCAGGGUGUUUUGAUAAAAUAAAAUUACUGGAAAGCA